GUUGUUCUUAAUAUUAUUUAUGAAAAUGGACAGAUAUAUGUAAAUGACUUCCCCUUAAAGAGUGGUGUAACCCGAAUAAGGGGUGAGGCCUUCAUAGAGUCAUCAAAGUCCAGUGGCAAGACAAAAGUCAGGAUGGCUGGGGAUGGCUUGGCCUAGGAUGCAGUGGAUGACCUUAACAUUUUCAGUGUCUGACCAAUCUCUAAGUGCUCCACAGUGCUUGCUUCAGGUGCUUUCCUGGCCAUUGCAACAAAUCAUUCUCAUCUCCCAUGCUUGAGGUGGACAUCCUCCUGACUCACCCAUGGGUUGGAGGCCUUUGGUUACCCUCCACCUGGUUUAACCCACCAGCCAAGAUGGUUUUUACAGCCGUGUGGCUACUGUGCAUGCUACAGCUUCUUGGAGCCCCAGUGGAGGAUGAAAAUUUGGAAAACCUAAAGGUCAAAGGAUAUUUUGGAACUGUCAGCAUACGGAUAUUAGUUCAUCAAUGGCCUCUGGCAUCCAGUUCCAAUGUACAAAUGAUUGCCAUUCAAGAAGAGGUAGUAGACAUUGAUGGGAAAAAAGCUCAACAAAAAGUUGUCAUUGAAGUUGGUAUUUUAGUGAAAAACCACAGAGUCCACCGACGUUCAAAUUACACUGUUCCUUUAGAGGAAAGCAUACUGUAUUCUAUUCCCAGAGACAAUGACGUUUUCUUUACAUUUCCUCAUCUCUCACAAAAAGAUAGCCCUAGUGCAUUGCAGACAACUAGCCAGUACCUUGUCAGGAAUGUGGAAACAACCAUAAAUGAAGACCCAUUGCCCGACAAGUUACCCGAAACUCCACUUCGAGCAGAGCCUCCAUCUUCAUAUAAGGUAAUUUGCCAGUUGAUGGAGGAUUUCAGAAAAUAUAUAUGUAAAUUCUGGAUCAAUAUUUUCCCAGUACUUUUUAUGUUUAUGAAUAUCAUGGUGCUUGGAAUUAUAGGAGCAGCUAUAGUUAUAGCCAUCUUGAAGGUGCUUUUCCCUCAUUAUGAAUCCAAGGGAAUUCUUCACCUGGAUAAAGUGGACUACCAUAAGUACUACCCUAACAUCUCAGAGACAACAGAGGAACCAAAGAUUACUCUUGAAGAGAAGAUAUGUAUUUAACACAUGCCCCAUUUUUCCAUUUUGAAACCUGCCACAUGGAGCCAAAAUUCCCAAUCAAAGAAAAGUAUAAUUUAAAUAAAGAAUAAAAGUAUAUUGAAAAACAGUGCCACAACUAAGCUUGGCCUUCUAGGUGAGGUUGGAGAAUGAGGAUAUAGCAUUUAACUUGUGAAGUCAGAUAUGACUUCCUAAAGUAUGGCAGAGCGGUAAAGUUAGCCAAAUGGAAAUCAACAAAAGUAAACAAAGACUUGCCAUACCUAUAUUUGCAUACCAAAAAAGACUUUGAGCCAAUAAUUCUAGGUGCCUUAUUAAGAAAAUUACAUCUAUUUUUUUCUUAUUGUAAUGUACGAGGACUUUAAGCACUUUAUGAAAAGCUAAAUUUAGGAGGCACUUCCAAAAUAACACUUUUAACUAUCUGACUUGUAUUUUGUAUAACAUUAAUAAUUUUGAUGAAGAACCUUGAGAUGCAUUAUUACUUCAUUGUACUUGGACCAAGGCAACUCAGCAGGAUCCAAAUGGAAUUGUCAAACAUUCUUACUGCAGAUUAAAUCUACUGGGGAGGGAAGGAAUUGGGUAAAUAUACUUAGUGGGUUAUGAUGGGUCAGAACUUAUGCUGGUGACUCAUUUCCCACAAUAUAAAUCAGUGACAACAUUACUAAAUUUCAGUGAACAAACAAUACAAAGUUUUAAGAUAAUCUAGUACUGAUGUACUUUGUUUUUACUUAGCUAUUCUGACUUUACUUUUAGUGCAAUGAAUGGACUUAAACACUUAAGUAUAUUUAUUAACACUUAUUUCAGUGGAACACCUGAAAAUGGAACAAGUUAUUUUGAGUCAUAAGAAAGUUUACUUAAGCUUUAAAGAAUAUUAAAUAAAAAAGCAAUGUUUGUUUUAAUGAAAUCUACAGAAGAUGGCAGUCUACUUAUGCUCAAAUAGCCAGUCCUAGUUUUAUGGGAUGAUACGUAUUUAUAAGGAAAUUUAUUCUAUAUAUUUAGAAGAAAAAAUAUAAAGGAAAUCAUUUAAGGUUUUAUAACUCAUUUGUCAAUUCUAUAUCAUUUAUAAAAUGCUUUUGAUUUAAGUCCCCAAAUAAGCUUACAAUGAGUGUCUGAAUAAAACUUUGGAAAUAAGUAUUUACCUGCCCCUACAGCAAAUUUCUUCUCAGGGACAUGAAAAUAGAGCCAGGUAAGACUCCUGCAUAUUUCUUCAAAUGCUUAAUGAAAUAUGUAAGGUGAGGAAAACCUUCUCUAGCUUUGCAGAGGAUCCUGAAAGUAGUAGGAAGGGCACUAUAGGUCCUUGUUCAAAGUUAUUCCUCUUUGGUUUAUCUAAAUGAACAAAACUGUUCUUAAAAGUUCCAUCCAUGAGCACACAAGGCUGGCUCCAUUAUUACUUGGAUUGAAAAGUGGCUGAAAUCAGUUCUCUUCCUCUAUUAAUAGAUGAAACAAUGUAAAAAGAGGCAUCAUCUCUUAAGUCUAUAUGAAGGUAUAGCCUCAAAUAAGAGUUAAUUGUAAAAUACUAUUAAAUAAAAAAAGAUUUAAUGCAAGAGUUAACAAAUUGAGUCAAGUUUCCCUGCAGCUUAAAAAAAUUACAUUUAUUCAGAAUCAUGAGUUCCUUUUAUAAUUAUCAUUAUGAAAGUUUAAAAAAAUAUAGCACUCAGUGCAAUGAAAUACUACUUUUCAUUACUAUUGAAACAACUUAAGGCAGGUUUCUCACAGUUUACUUUAAAAAAGAAUUUAGCAUGAUCCAAAUUCAUAUAUCCAUUUUUCAUAUCUUUCAAUGUCCGCAGCAGAUACUGACUUAGAAACCUUUUUUAAAGCCAUUCCAAAGUCUUCCAUAGUUGUAGGCAUAUGCAUUUCAUCUCUGGAAAGAUUUCUGAUUUCUUCAGGUGUCAAACCUUCAAUGCGCCUUCUCAUGGCCAUCAGGGAAGCAUCUCUUUGAAAGAAAGUUAAAAGAUUAAAUCUUUCACGUGGAGCAAGGGUCUGGUCUUAAAGCUGCAAACAACAAACCCUUUGUUGCUACAAUAGAAUGUUACAAUGGUUAUAAGUUAUGAUCUUACUACCUGUGCAAUAAAACAGUAUUUGUAUUAUAUACACUUAAUAUUUCCCAUACUUGAAAUGCUUCUCUAAUGUGCUAAAUGACAGAGUCCUGCCUAUCUUUCAAGGCCUGGUUCAAAUAAUGCCUCUUUUACAAAGCUGUCCCUGAUCCUUCCCAAGAUGGAAAUUUUCUCUGAAUUCUUGAAGCAUGCAUGCGCAUGUAUGUGUGUAUAUUUCUUCAGCACUUGUGUUUUGUAUUAUAAUUAUUGGCAUAUGUGUCAUUUACUAUACUAGGCUGUAAGCUCCUAGAGGGCAAGGACCUUGUUUUUUAAUCUUUGUAUCUAUCCCCCUUAGGCGAACUCAGAAUAAAUGCUUAUUAAAUAGCUAAAAAA